UCGAAUGACUUCCAGAACACUCACAAAACAUGUUAACGCGCUAAAAAACUGAACCUGUUCAAACGGAGAUGCUUUUACGUGACGCAGCAGAAGAGCUCGAAGUCCAGCCCGGUUCUGAGUCCGUACCCUCUCCCGGGCUCACGGAGGAGUCACGUGUGCAGUGCUGAGAGCGAGCGAAUGAGAAACGAGAGAGAGAGAGAGAGAGAGAAAGAGAGCGAAUGUGCGAGGGAGGGAAAGAGAGAGGGGAUAGGAGAUGUUAAAAGAGACAUGAGAAAAUAUCCAAGAAGGAGACGCACGCCGUACCAUGCGCGCUAAAUUUGUGCCCGUUGGAAAUCGGGAUGUCGGAUCGACGGUGACGCGCAUCACCCCAUUUCACGGAGGAAACGAUUUCGCUGGAACUUUGGAACGGAGGGUCCGCGGGGAAACAUGGCCGAAGGGCCGCGCAGAGGUGGCGGGUCGGACCCCGCCAGGACUCCGCCGCAGAUUCUGUCAGGCUCGGGUUACUGCAAGUGGUUUAAUGUCCGCAUGGGGUUUGGAUUUAUAUCGAUGACCAGCAGCGAGGGGAAGCCAGUGGACCCUCCACUAGACGUGUUCGUCCACCAAAGUAAGCUGGUGAUGGAGGGCUUCAGGAGUUUACGGGAGGGCGAGCAGGUUGAAUUCACCUUCAAGAGGUCGAGUAAAGGUCUGGAGUCUCUCAGGGUCACGGGGCCCAGCGGGGGCCCAUGCUCGGGCAGUGACCGACGCCCCAAAGGGAAGGCCCCUCCCCUCAAACGCAAACCAAAGGGAGACCGGUGUUACAACUGUGGAGGUCUGGACCACCACGCUAAAGAGUGUGGCCUUCCACCCCAGCCAAAGAAGUGUCACUACUGUCAGAGUGUCACACACAUGGUGGCCCAGUGUCCCCACAAGAGGGCGCUGUCCCCCUCCACGUCUCAGGACCCCCAGCGCCCCUCCACCUCCGCUCAGUCCCAGGAAGAGGGGAGCCGGUCGGCCUCGUCGUCCUCUCCGGAGGAAGCAUCUCAACAGGGGAGUCACUCCCAGCGCUGGAAGAAAAGCCGGGACUGAAAGCGACUGAAAGAUUCCUCAUCCAGAUGAAGCUCAGACCCGAAAUCAUCUACCUCACAGUGGAGACCCUCCCUCUCUCCCUUCCUGUGCAGCUAUGGUAUCAGCCGAUGGGGUCAUGCGUGUACAUGCGUGUUCUCACGGAGCAAUCACAACAAACUCUGCGACUGGCGUGUGUGUGUGUGUGUGUGUGUGUGUGUGUCAAUGAGCGAGUGUGUUAGAAGAACUAAAAAUCACAAGGCAAAAUAGAUUACAUUUAGAAGAAAAACACGAACCAGUGUUUUAGAUACUCAAGCAUGAAGUCAACAGAUGUUGCAGUUUUCAAACCAUUUUACUUCCUUGAUAGUGAAAUGGACCGUUACUUCAGUAAAAAUGUUUGCCGUGUGCUUCAUAAGUGACGCCAAUGAACUCGCUUCAGAAGCAAGUUAACAUGAUACCUAUGUGAUAAGAAUUCACCCAAAAAUGAAACCUUGCUGAUGAAAAUU